UUGUAACCGGCAUGCACCGCUUUUAGUCAGCCGCCGAUUGGUGUGCGCACUGCCGCAAGAAGUCGCCACAGUACAGUAUAGUACGUGAUCAAAACUAACGCUUAACUACCAGGGAUUUCGUGAUUUCUGACUGGCUUGAGGUGAUAUGACCUACUCCAGUUCUCCUGAUAUCACGCUCCAGUCUUCAAACAACAUCUGCAUCACUGCUUGAUUUGACAUUUCUACACAUUAUUAUAGCUCCCACCCUGUGAGGAUUAACAAGUAAGAAAAAGAAGAAGAUGGAGGAAUUCUCUAUUGGGACAAUGGACACAGUGCUUUUGGGUUCCAGCAUCGCUUUCUCAGGCCUCUUCUAUUAUUUAUACAGAAAGAAAUGCAAAACUGUGGACAAACUCAAUGAUGCUCCUCGUAUGGUGUUAAAUGAGGAACUAGUGGGACUUCUGAAUGCCACACCUGGGAAGUGUCUGCAGUAUGUGGUUAUUGAAGGCACAGUGCAGCCCAUAGAGGAGCCCCUGAGCAGUCAAUUUAAGGAAGGAACUUUUGGUGUUAUUCAGAAACUACUCCUCCAGGAGCAUAAACUGGUGUGGAACAGUUUGGCACGAACCUGGAUGGACCGUGAGCGUGUGCUUCACGAGCGUGUGAGCAGCGUGCCUUUUGCUCUGGUAGGAGGAGACGGAGCACAGGUGCGGGUGCUUCGUCCACUGGAGGCGUCUGGUCUUGAGAUGGAAACGGUGCAUGAGAAGUUCCACCAGGCAAACUACGGCUUUGGUGACCUGCUCAGCCAGUAUUUGAGUGGCGAAAAGAGCAAGGGCCAGCUGGAGACCGAGGAAAUGCUGAGGGUGGGUGUAUCCAUCACAGCUGCUGGGGAGCUCAUCCUCGAUUCAGACCGCCUGCUUAAACUCCGCCCCCCGACUGACGGCUCCACCUACUUCCUGACCACAACUGACUUUGAGUCACUCCGGCUUGGCCAAGAGGGCCAGGCAUCCUGCUGGUGGGCCCUGGCAGGCAUAUUUGCUCUGGUGGGUGUUGCUGUGGUUCUAUGGGCAGGACUUCGCAGUUAUAGGCAGAUCCAGAGGAAAUGGCAGAGAGAGAGGAUGAGGAGGGAGUUUGAACGAAUAGGGGAGGGGGAGGAGGACCUUGAGAAUGCGUGUGUAAUCUGUUUGAGUAACCCAAGAGGGUGUGUGUUGCUGGAUUGCGGACAUGUGUGUUGUUGCUACAGUUGCUAUGAGGCAUUACCUCAGCCAACAUGUCCCGUUUGCAGGCAGGGGAUCAGGAGAGUCGUGCCCCUCUAUCAGGCCUGAAUAUGAGAGUGGAUUAAGAGCUCUACAGAACUACUAAAUACUGCGAGACAGUGGGAUAAGAUUGGUUAUCCUCUACCAGGCCUCAGACAGAGAGAAGAUACAAUUGGAAUAUGAGGGAAGAAAUCCACAAAAGAGAACAUUGAUAGAAAGGAGAGACAACUGUUUAUCAGAUAAUCAGCCACCAUUGACUUGAUGUGUUAGCAAAAAGAAAGCUAUGAAUGAAGUCUAAGAUAGCCUCUCAUAAAACCUUUAAUGUAUUCUGCAUCCUUGGCAACCAAACUUCUGUAUCUCCUGAAAGCAUGGAAGUAUAUUAAUUUUAAUCUUGAUUCCUUAAUUUGCACUUGGUUAUGUGUGUCUCCUUAGUAUUGUCACUGGAUCUUUUUCAUUAUUUGAAAUUAGUUGUGUCAGGGGCUGGAAUUGAACUUGCAGUCACAGUAAGACAAAGUUGCAGAUUGUUUUUGCAGAUUAAUUUCCAAUUAAUUGUGUAAUUUUGAUCCAGCACAUCAAUUUAUUCAGCAGUUGGUAAACCCUUUAUGAGCUGAGUCAGUUUAAUCAGCUAGUGUAGAGCAGGAGGAUCACACAAAUUUAAGUGGCUGAGAGAAUAUACAUGGUGGAAGCUUGGUCAGGAUUCAGGUAAGUGGAAUGAUUUAUAGGCUGAUGGAAUGGAAAAUGCAUAAUGUCAUCCUUUGAAGUAGAAAGUUGUAAAAGGUCAAAAAUUUGUGAAUGUGUAGGUUCUUAUUUAGCCACUGCUUGAGGAGUGGUGAUUGUCAGCAGGAACUUUGGAUCUGUAAAGUUUUCCACUGCAACAGCUGCGUCCUACUCUGCUUACUUACUGUGCUCCUGCACCACACUUGUUCUUACUUGAAAUUAUGCUUUGAAUUUAGAAAUACAAAAAUUCACACAGAAGAUCAUAUUAAUUUGGAAGUAUGGGUUAGGUGAACAGUACAAUAGGAUUUCUCUGAAGCCUUAUUCAAGCCCUUCUGUGACUACGUUUACAUGGACAGCAGUAAUCUAAUUAUUGAACUUAUUCUGAAUAAGACAAUAUUGUGAUUAAGGUGUUUACAUGAGUUGCUUUUAGAAUAUUUCUUUCAUGUUCCCAUUUUACAUGUUAUAAAACAUAGAUCGAUUAAUGGCACACGUCAUUACGUCCCCACGCCAUGCAGUCCGAAGUUCCCUCCAGAAUUUCACGUAUAAACAUACAGUGUGUCUUCAUUAUGGUAUCGUAUACAGUUUUGGGAGUUUCAUUUUUAAUUUUACGAAAGCUUCAAGUGCAGUUAAUUAUUUGUCAUGCUAUACGUGCAAAUAAUCCGAAACCACAUUCUUACCUACUAUAUAGUAGCCGAUAUACAUAUAUUCAGCCUACUAUAUAGUAGGUAAGUAUGUGUUUUCGGACACAGCCGUGCUCUUUUGUUUACCAUCAAACUGUUGAGCACUGCCAUAUGUGUAUGUGUCCUGUUGCAAAAUGCAGCGAAUACUCCCACACGGUGUUAAUAGUGUGAUUAGGGUGUGUACUUGUCUAUAAUGCACUUCGAUAAUUUGACUAAAAUAGAAAUACUCCACAUGUCUUAAUUCGAUUUGUUUUUACUUCAAGUAUGAUUUUAACCGGAUUAAGGUAAUCAGAAAUCGCUGUUUACAUGGUAGUUUGUUAGUCAGAGUAUUGUCUUAAUCGGGUUAAUAUCGGCAUAUUGUUGUCCAUGUAAAUGUCUGUGUGAAUGACAGUACACCAGUGGUCUCCAGCAUGAUGCCCGCGGGCACCUGGUAGCCCGCAUGUAGUCUGUGAGUCCCCUGCCAAGCGCGUUCUAUAAAUAGCCUCAAUUUUAUUUAUUAAUUUUAGGUUUUUUAAAUUUAUACUUACAAAAAAAGUGUUGUGUUAACAUUUCAUAUAACAUUAAAACAUCAAAUAAAAUCAUUAGGGAUGCACCGAAAUGAAAAUUUUUGGCCGAAACCGAAUAUAAUGAAAAACUUGCCCGAAGGCCGAAUACCGAACACGUUUUUCCGUGUUUUUUCCAUUUAUUUUGCCAUUUUUUUUCACCAUUGCAUAAAUUAAAUAGUCAAAAUGUGCUUUUUACUAUUUUGUCUUGCUUUUUAAAGAAAAAAAAUCAAUUAUGAAAACUACAAUUUGAAAAUAUUUGUUUAGCACUGAACAUUUUUUUUCAUUCCAGCAGGCAUAGGCUACCAACAAGGCACAAUAUAACUUUAAAUAAAUAAAUGAGUAAAAUAAAAAUAUUUUUAUGUGGUCAUCUUUGAGCCCCCCUUGAAUAGCCUAUGUUAGGCCUAUAACUGACUGAAAGAAUGUAACACUCUGUAGCCUACAACAAAAAAGUGCACUGACAAGAGUGCAAAAAAUGGUUCUAUUCGGUUCUAUACGGCUGGUUAUAUUGGGGAUAUAUACCGCUCGCGUCCCUGUACACCUCGCGGAGUAUUAUAGUAGAUGUAGUAUGGUUAGAUACGUUGUUAAUGUUAUGUUCUGACUAAGUUUUUUGGAUUUGUCUGCCUGCCCUUAAAUAAAUACGUCUUUACCUGCUUCCAUACUCUACUCCCUUACGUCUCGUGACGUGACAGAAUACUCCGGAACAGAAACAAAACUAACGCACAGUAAACAUCCGAAGAGUGCAUGUCCGCGCCCCCUCAUCGAGGUUGUGACAAAUCGCACGUCUCACUCUGGUUGCUAGGCUAUUUGGUCGCGUCAUCAAACAGGUCAUUGUUCGGUCAAAUUUAUUCGGCCUUUUCACUUGUUAAUUUCACAACAGUACUUUCGGUAGCCGAACAUUCGGUGCAUCCCUAAAAAUCAUCAUUUAAAAAUGUAAUUAUUUAGAAGUUUACACAUGUUAUUGUUAACGUACGUAGCGUACGUUUCUCAUGACGUAGGCUCUUCUGUGAGUUGAGGUGGUAGCGAGCUGACGGCAUAAACAAGGUGAAUUCAACUAUAUAAAAAAACAACGGAUUAAUUGUGGCUGAAGGUGCACCAGGUCCUGCAAAAUAGACAUUAUUUUAACGAGGAGUGGGAGACAGAAUUUCUCUUCACAACUGUUGGAGGCAAAAGUGUAUGCCUCAUUUGUGGGGCUAGCAUCGCGGUAUCCAAGAGGCACAACGCAAGACAUUGUACUACAAUCCACAAGACCUUCAAUAGCAGUUAUCCACCAGGUACAUUACUUAGAAAAACAAACGUUAACGAGUUGAAAGCAACAUUAAGCAGGCAGCAAUAAUUUAUACCAAACCCGCUAAGAAGACACAGGCUGCAACCGAAGGGUUGCUCCUUUUUUUUUUUUUUUUUUUUUUUUGACAAAACAAAAAAUCGGAAGGGAGCAAUGACUGAUAGUGAACACACUGUUUAAAGAUCACAAGAACGGAGAUGAAAUCAUGUGUGCAUUCUCCGACGUUCACCUCGGGGUGAACACAAUUUUUUUAAAUAAAAAUAUUAAAACAGCUUGUGACAAAUCAUUAAAAAAAAAAAUAAUAAUGCCAGGAUAUCAAGAUAUUUCAUUAUCCCUUCGACAUAAUGUUGUUCAUUGAAAGUUUUUGUUUGUUUGUUUGUUUUUGUUUUUUUUAAAAGCACCAUUGUGUUUAUAUUUAUUAUAUUUAUAUCAAAUUAUUUUUUUUUAGUUUUUGUGUAUAUCAAACAAGCAGCCCUCUAGACUAUUUUAUCCCUUCAGGGAGCCCUCGCUCACAAAAAGGUUGGAGACCCUGCACUACACCAUUAAACCAAGAUCAGCCACUAGAGGGCACAGAACCUUUAAAUGUACUAACUCUCAGUUGUAAACGGAGUGUAAAUUUCCAUUCCGUGUACAUAGAAACCACAAUCUCCCGCCCAUAUACAUACAUGUUUAAUUGAUUUAAGAAAACCCAGAAGAGCUCUUGCCAUAUGUAGCUUUUCUAAGGGGAUUUCAGAUUUUCAUUUGUGUGUGCUGUGCCCUGGUCCUUGCGAUAAGUUGUUACACUGAAUCCAUAUUGGGUCUGUUUGUGUCCUUGCUUCUGCCACCUGCUAUAAAUGGAAACCAAGGGCUGAAGUUGUCUGUUGAUUUAGGCUAUGCUACAAUUGGUUACAAUAGAAUAUUCAAUAAUAUCACGUACAUGCAGGGAUUGGUUAUGGGUCUAUUAUUGGUAAACUGAACUGGGACAGCACAACUCAGUAGGUGUAGUAAACAUCAAGCAGGAAGCUAAUAUAUUACACAUUUAUGAUGAAUAAAGAUUCAAACUUGCAUUAAACUUCUGCUAGGGUCAUUGAUGGUUUUGUUAAGAGUGUUUAAAUCGUAUUGUACCUGGUGUGCUUUCGGGGAGGGAUGGACCGUUCAGAAGGUGGAAGGGGGGCUUUUUUCUCUCUUUCUUUGUGUUCUCGUUUUGUACUUUAUUAUGUGAGAUUCCACUCAUUUCUCUCCCUUUGAUUUGUCUGUUGGGUUUAUAUAAAAGCUGUUAUAAAUAAAUAAAUAAGAAAAUCUAUAUGAUUACCUUAACUUGUACACAUAGGAAAAAUAAAUAUGUUGAAAUACAUAUGUAAUUAUUUUGAUAAUGCAACCAAAGGACAUACAGUGGGGGAAAUAAGUAUUGAACGAGUCAACAUUUUAUUCAGUAAAUAUAUUUCCAAUGAGGCUAUUCACAUGAAAUUCUCACAAGACUUUGGUAUUAACUCAAAAAAUCCACACAUAUAAAGAAAUCCAAACAUUAAAGUCCAUAAAUGAAGUUAUUUGUAAUAAAGAGGAAUGGCACAGGGGAAAAGAAUUGAACACACUAACUGAAUUUUUUUUAUAUACUUAGUGGAGAAGCCACAUUAAUCAGAAGAAAUUAAUCAGCCACAGCAUUCAGGUGUGAUUUUGGCCCAUUCUUCUAAACAUAUUGUCUCUAAAUCUUGUUCGAUUGGAUUCAGGUCAGAUGAUUGCCAUUCUAACGCCUUGAUUUUUAUUCUCUGAAACCAAUUAAGUUUACUUUGCUGUAUGCUUUCGUCCGGUUGAUGACGGAGUGAUGUUGCUUCCACUUGCGGAUAAUGGCCCCAAUGGUGCUUACUGGAAGAUUGAGAUAUUUUGAAAUUCCAUCAAUAUUUUUCGCAACAAUAAGGUUGCGAAGGUCUUGGGAGAGUUCUUUGCUUUUACCCAUCGUGAGAUGUUUCUUGUGUGACACCUUGGUAACAAAAAAUUUUUUUCUUGCCUUGCCUUGUAGAACUGAUUUUUCUUACCCUGUUCAAUACUUUUUUCCUGUGUCAUUACACUUUAUUACACAUAACUUUAUUUAUGGACUUUAAUGUUGUGAAUUCUUUGUAUUUGUGGAUUUCUUGAGUUACACUGAUGUCUGGUGAAAAUUUCAUGUGAAUAACCUCAUUUGAAAUAUAUUUAAACAUUUUUAAAAAUGUUGACACGUUCAAUACUUAUUCCCCCCACUGUAAAUUUACCAAAGGACGUGAUUUAUUUCAAUAUUUAUUUCAGCUGUACAUAUUGUAGCCCUCUUUUGAAAACUUUCCUUUGUUGACCCUGUAAAAUAUUCAAAUGAAUCUUUAGUAGUCCAACAGUCAUGGGAAAUGCAGCACAACCUGCAAGUGUUUGGAGAACAAACUACUUAAGGCUGUGUUCACAUAUAACGUCUUUUUUGAAGUGGUCAGCACCUGUUUUACAUAAUAAUCCUAUGGAGAAGACUGUGUUUUCAGAAAUGACAAGCUUAUUUUGGGGAUGCUCUGCAUUGCAUUUUGGAACAGCAUUUUUGCUUGAAAGCAUGAAAAAAAAAAUUGGGCAGCAGUUUUCAUCUGAAAAAAGCGUUACAUGUGAACACAGACUAAUGUUGUUUAGUUACCAAGCCAAAUUAGAUACUAACAUAGUUUAGUCAGUGUAUCUUUAUGUAACAUCAUCUAACUAGCUUUUCUGGCUAACGAAACUUAAUUCAGUACAUGAAUAUCUAUGUAAGUUAGCUAGGUUAGCAAUUUAUUUAGUUGUAAAAAAGGCUACAUUACUUAUAUUUUUCUAUAUCUGCUAUCGCUAUUGUUAACAUCCACAAGAAUGGGAUGGGAGUCAAUAUCAAAAGUAACAGUCAGUAUGUGGUGGCCACCAGCUGCUUUAAAUACUACAGUGCAUCUCAUCCUCAUGGACUGCACCAGAUUUGUCAGUUCUGUAAGAUGUUACCCCACUUUUCCACCAAGGCAUUUGCAAUUUCUCGAUCACGUCUGGGGGGACACAUGGUUACAUGUAAUUUUCCACUGCAAGGAUGAUCAGCUGUCCUUCCUGUCUCCCUGUAGCACUGUCUUAGGCAUCUGACAUUAUGGACAUUGCAGUUUAUUGCUCUGGCCACAUCUGCAGUCCUCAUGCCUCCCUGCAGCAGGCCUAUGGCAUGUUUACGCAGGUGAGCAGGCAUCUUUCUAGACAUCUUUCUUCCGGUGUUUUUCAGAGUCAGUAGAAAGGUCUCUUUAGUGUCCUAAGUUAUUGUAACUGUGACCUUAAUUGGCUACCGCCUGUAAACUGUUAGUGUCUUAAGGGCUGUUCUACAGGUGCAUGUGUAAUAAUUGUUUAUGGCUCGUUAAACAAGCAUGAGAAACAUCGUUUAAGCUCUUUCCUAUAAAGAUCUAAACAUUUUGGUAAAUAUAGGUGUGCAGCAAUUGUUGGGACCCCUGUGAAUUCAUAUGAGAAAAAUAUAUUUUAAGUAUAUUCCCACUGAUAUUUUACAUUUUGUUUAGCACAUUUGGUUAACUAGGAACAGGAAAUUGUUCAACCAUGACUUCCUGUUUCACAGGGGUAUAAAUAUGAGGUAACACAUAGGCCAAAUUCCCUUACUCAUUCAUAACAGUGGGUAAGACCAAGGAACAUACAGUUGUAAUCAAAAUUAUUCAACCCCCACUGCAAAUUAGAUUUAUUGUCAAAAUUGACACACCUUCAGCAAACAAAUCAAACAAAAGCAAUUGAAAUAGGCUUAGUUCAACACAACGAAUGCUUCAAGUGGCUUCCCCGAAUUCAACUGAAAAUGCAACUUAUAAUGAUUUCUACAGUUUCAAAGUUAUUCAACCCCUUCAUGGCACGCAUCCUUACCACUUAGUAGAGAUCAAAUUUCCCCACUCAUUUAUGAUGGGGUUGCAUGUCAGAUAAAGGACCAGGGGAGACCUCCACAGUCGUUUCACAAGUGUACAUUGAAAUUUUGGACACUUUUCUCAUUCCAUCAAUAGAAAAUAUGUUUGGUGAUUAUGAAGUCAUUUUUCAGGAUGAUAAUGUAAAGAGUGUUAAAGCUUUUCUAACUGCAGAGAAUUAAGAGUAUUUUAUUUUUCACUGAUAAGAUUUAUCACAAAAUACACAAACAAGUCUUAAUAUCCAUUGCAUGUAUGCUUUUCAUGUUAACUUAUAUUUUUAAGAAGAUUUAGAUUUUUUUUGGUGUUGCAUGUAACAUCAGACCACUAGACGUGGCCGUCCGCAAACUUCAUUAUAUUAAAGGUCUAUAUUGUAAAGUUUGUUUAUUUAUUUGAUUGUUAUCUAAAUCUGAUUGCUUGAUCUUGAUGGUUAAUGUACAUGUAAAUUAUUUUGCCUUUAAAAAUUUUUUAUUCUUUGUUAAAUUUGCAAAUAACAGUGGUGGAAGAAAUGAACCUGUUUUUUCAAGUGGAGAAGUUGAUCAGAAGUUUAUUAUAGUUACCUUUUUUUUAAUGAUAGUGCUCUUGCAAAUUUUUAUCUAAGAAAAGAUUUUCCUGUUCUUUUUUAAUUAAAUGUUAAUUACUGUUUUGAA